AUGGCGUAUUUAGCCACAUUCAAUCUGAACGUUGUCAACUCAGCCAAAAUCACGUCAACAACAUACAACCAGGCCACAAAGCUUUGGACAGUCAUCUUUCAGACGCCAACUGGUCAACGAACCGCCAUGGCCAAGCACGUGGUUCAAGCAACAGGAAUUGGGUCGCAAAAACCAUACUUACCGUCCAUGGGUGAUCCACAUCUCUACAAAGGCGUCAGCGUCCACUCCGCUACUUACCAGAACGCGAAAGACUUGAAGAUGUUGGGUAUCAAGUCCGCCCUGGUGAUUGGCUCAGCGAACACGGCAUUCGACAUUCUCGAGGAUUGCUGUGCUGCCGGUCUGAAAACAACAAUGGUAGUUCGGUCCCCGACAUUCAUUUUCCCAGUGGCAUACGUCUGCGACCCGGCCGCUCACGGAAAUUAUGAGAAACUCGGAGUUGAAGCAGAUAAGGAAGCGAUGGCGCUACCCACAAACAUCGAUGCUCAUUUUGUGCGGGAACACUUUGUCCACUCAGCCUCGCAAGAGCCAGAUCGCUACGCAGCUCUCGCAGAAUCAGGGUUCCCUGUCAUGGAUGGCCGUACGCCAGGGUGUGUCUUGUUGAGCAAUUUGUAUGAGAAGGGCGGAGGGCAUUAUGUAGACGUAGGCGGCACUGCAUUGUUGUCAGAGGGUAAGGCCGGUGUAAAGGCCGGGGUCGAGCCUGUUGCUUUCACCACAACGGGCCUGCGCUUCUCGGAUGGCAGCACGCUUGAUGCCGACGCCAUCGUGUGGUGCACAGGAUUCGCCGACAAAGAUGCACGAGCUACAGCAGCGGAGAUAUUAGGAGCUUCACCUACCAAUCCGAACAAUGCUUACCACACAGCGGCGACUAGGAGCAAAGAUGUCAUGGGGCCUCGCGAGAUCGCGGCUCGUCUUGACGCUACGUGGGGUGUUGAUGCUGAGGGAGAGAUUCGCGGAAUGUGGAAGCGCCAGCUUCGCAUUGACAAUUACUGGAUUAUGGGUGGUGACACCCGGGUUCAGCGAUGGCAUUCACGCACCGUGGCAUUACAGAUUAAAGCUGCUCUAGAAGGAAUAUUGCCGCCAGCCUAUCGAGGCACAGCCGUCCCUGAGAACAAGGAGCGUGGUUCCAGUCGCCUUUAG